AUGGCUCAGCAAGCCUACAUGGAAAGUGACAAGGAUGCUCCUGGUGCUAAAUAUAACCAACCUUUUGGCCUGUUUACAAAAACUGACAGUCAAUUGAAAGAUGAGGCUUCAGAGACAUGGGACGCUUACAUCGAGCGUUUUGAGUGCUUCCUACAAGCCAAUGAUUAUACUGACUUUUCUAAUGACAGGAAGCGAGCCCACUUCUUAAAUGCUUGUGGGCCUCAAAUCUUUGCUACGGCCAGGGCUCUAGUAGCUCCCCUCUCUGUGUCCACGGUUCCCUGGCCAACCUUGCUGGCGAAACUGAAGGGCCACUACGCACCCGCCCCCUCUCGAAUUGCCCGCCGGUUCCUGUUCCGUCAGAGAUUGCAGAAGGAGGGGGAAUCCCUUAACACAUACCUUGCUGCCCUCCGGGAGGAAGCAAUUAAUUGUGAAUUCGAGAACCUUGACGACUCCCUCCUCGAACAAUUGGUCUGCGGGGUGCACGACUUGCGGCUGCAGCGCCGCCUCUUAGCCAAAACUGAUAUCACCUUGCAGUCGGCUGUAGACGAAGCUCGUGCUUUUGAAAUGUCGGACAGGUCGGCGGCAGAGAUGCGUAGACUUCCAACCGCCCUACCAGCCACCCGCUGUGCCGCUAUUCACAUCGGGGAUGCUUGCCCCGACAACCUUUCUGAUGACGAAGACGAGGUGAACCGCCUUAAAGCAGCUGGGGGUAACAAGAGGCCACCGAAUAAGAGACUGACUUCUGCGCCCUGCCUCGGCUGUGGGGAAGAACAUCCCCGCGUUUUUUGUCGUUUUAAAAAUGCUGUCUGCCAACGCUGCGGGAAGAGAGGGCACCUGGCCAAGGUCUGCCGUUCUGUUCCUCAGGACGCUACCACGAGCGCUCCAGCUAACGGCAGACUCGGCAGGAAGGGGUUUCCCCCCUCAAAGGACUAUUGUUUUGCCAUCUCCCGGGACAGAACAAUCCCCUCCGUGUCUGUCAGCCAUGCGUCUUCGGGACAGCACAAGAAGAUCUUCCUGACUGUCCAGGUUGAAGGAAGGCCGUGCAGAAUGGAAGUGGACACCGGGUCCUCCAAAUCCAUACUCGCCUGGCAGACACUAAAGAAGCUGGUGCCGACCAUCUCACCUGAGCAGCUACAGCCUUGCAACACCAGGCUCCAUGAUUACCAGGGGAAUAGUAUUCCCAUUUUGGGUUGUGGCAAUUUCCUAGUUGAGAAAGGAGAUUUCUCAGGGUCCCUCCCAGUUCUUGUUGUUAAGGGUAGCCUUCCCAGUUUGUUAGGGUUAGACUGGUUCGAGGCGUGGGGGCUCACCGUCUCGGGCGUCCACACCACCGUCGCUGAUGGUUUCGAGGCCCUAACCUCCGAGUUUGCUGAGGUCUUCGAUGGCUCUCUGGGUAACUAUAAGGGUACCCCCAUCUCCCUUAACCUUGACCCUCAGGUGGCACCCAUAAGACUCAAGCCCCGACGGGUGCCUUUUGCCCUCCGCCCCAAGGUGGAUGCGGAAUUAGACAAACUAUUGGCCCAGGGAAUACUUGAACCCACCGAUUAUUCCAAAUGGGAGACCCCCAUUGUCAUUCCCACUAAGCAGGACGGGUCUAUCCGCAUAUGCGGUGACUUUAAGUGCACCCUCAACCGUGCUUUGCAGGCACACCCUUAUCCAGUCCCAGUAGUCCAACAUUUACUACAUUCUUUGGGUCAUGGUACCAUCUUCGCUAAAUUAGAUAUGACCCAGGCAUAUCAGCAGCUUCCUGUUGAUGACGCCACGGCUACCGCUCAGACUAUUGUUACCCAUAGGGGCGCUUUUAAGUGUCGCCGCCUGCAGUUUGGGGUCUGUGUUGCACCCGGCAUUUUUCAAAGCCUUAUGGAGCGAUUAUUACAGGGAAUCCCCGGUGUCAUCCCUUAUUUUGAUGACGUUUUAAUUUCUGCCAACAACAAACUAGAUCUCCUAGAACGCACCCGUCAGGUGCUAAUUAGAUUCCAACAAAAUGGCCUGAAACUCAAGAAGGCCAAAUGCAAAUUUGGAGUGCCACAAGUUGAAUUUUUAGGGUUCCUUGUGGAUGGGUCUGGCAUCCACCCUACUCCUUCAAAGGUUGAGGCCAUUAAGAAGGCCCCGACUCCCACGUGCAAAGCGGAGUUACAGGCUUUCUUGGGCCUGCUUAAUUUUUACAGCAUCUUCCUUCCACAUAAGGCCUCUGUGGCAGAACCCCUUCAUCGCUUGUUGGACAGUAAGGCUCCCUGGGUUUGGGAACAACCCCAUGCCACAGCCUUCACGGCUGUAAAAAACCUACUCACAUCUAAUGCUGUGCUAAUACAGUACAAUGACAACCUCCCCCUCACAUUAGUUUGCGAUGCCUCUCCAUACGGCAUUGGUGCUGUAUUGAGCCACGUAUUGCCAAAUGGAACCGAGGCUCCAGUUGCCUAUUACUCCAGAACCUUGUCCUCUGCUGAGAGGAAUUAUGGGCAAUUGGAUAAAGAGGCGUUGGCGCUCGUGGCCGCGGUAAAGCGGUUUCACGAUUACGUCUAUGGUCGUUUUUUUCAAUUAGUCACUGACCACAAGCCUCUCUUGGGUUUGUUGGCAGGCGAUAAACAGACCCCACAAAUUAUGUCCCCCCGCAUGACUCGGUGGUCAGUUUUUCUGGCGGCCUACAAUUACCAGCUGGUCUAUCGCCCAGGGGCUCAUCUGGGGAAUGCUGACGGUCUCAGUCGCUGUCCUCUUACCAUAGCUGUUGAUGACCCUGCUCCUGACCGCUCCGUCUUGUUAAUCGAUGAUUUCCCUGAUUUAGUAACAGCAUCAGACGUUGCCAAACUGUCAGCUAAAGACCCUACUCUAGUGCAGGUCCUGGAUUGGGUUCGUCGGGGCUGGCCACUGGGCCCGGUCCCAGGGGAAUUCCAACCUUUUACCACCCGUCAGCAUGAACUUUCCAUCUCCCGGGGAUGUUUAUUGUGGGGUAGCAGGGUGGUGAUUCCCCCCACACUACGUAGGCCUGUUUUACAGCGUUUGCACGAGAGCCAUCCAGGCACCGAUAGAAUGAAGGCAUUGGGCCGCAGUUAUGUUUGGUGGCCAAAAAUGGACCAGGCCAUUUCUGAAUGGGUAGCCAAGUGUCAGCGAUGCCAGCAGUCCCGACCUGUGCCCCCUGCUGCCACGCCUAGAGAGUGGGAAACGCCCAGGUCCCCCUGGUCCCGGCUCCACAUAGACCUGGCUGGACCUUUCAUGGGACAGAACUUAUUGAUUGUGGUUGAUGCGUACUCUAAGUGGGUGGAGAUAGCUCGCAUGGCAUCAACCACUUCAGACGCUGUGAUUAAGGUCCUCCGCAAUUUAUUUGCCACCCACGGCUUACCCGAUGUGGUGGUAUCGGACAACGGGCCCCAAUUCACCUCGGCCACGUUUCAAUUGUUCCUUGCGGGGUUGGGCAUCCGCCAUGCCUUGGUGGCACCUUAUCAUCCGUCCAGUAAUGGCCGGGCUGAAAGGGCCGUCCGCUCGGCCAAGGAUGCCCUAGCCCGUUUUGGCCCAGGGGACUGGCAGGAAAAGGGGCGCAAUAUCUCUUGGCGCAACACUCUACCCCUUGCCCGCUGA